GUUGGUCCCAGACGGACGGAUUUUUCGCUUUUCCCGGGAGAAAUGCCUCGGUAAAGUUUCUCCAAAUGCGCUUUUGUACUUUAUCCGCGUCUCCCGGCGGCCUGAAGCUGAAAUGUUUGCCAAAAGAUGUUUAUAUGGACUGUUUUUCAUCUGUGUGACGGUUUACCCGCGAACAGCCUCUGGGAAACCCGAUGAUGGUUGUGGCCGGUCGGACCUGAACUCUCAGACUGGUUUCAUAUCCUCGAGGAACUAUCCAGGUUCGUACCCCAACAACUCCCGGUGCGAGUGGAGGAUCCGUGUGAACGCCAGCCUCAGGAUCGUCCUCGGGUUCGAAGAGCUGUCCAUCCAGGGCGUGGACUGUGAGGCGGACCAUCUGAAGAUCUUAAAAGAGCAGCAUGGGACGAAAUACGUGUACUGGCAGUAUUGUGGGCACUCGAACUCCGACCCCGUGCUGAUCGACCAGCCCGUCUACACCGACGCCAGCGAGCUGAUCGUGAGCUUCCGUUCCAGCUCUCACACCUCGGGCAGGGGAUUCCGGCUCUCCUACGACACGGUGGAUAGCACAGAUCUGCUGAGCUGCACCAGUAAGGGCACCCACUUCUCCCAGUCGCCGUACAGGAAGUUCUGUCCGGCCGGAUGUGGAGGAGCGGCGGGCGACGUGGCCGGAGACGUCCUCCAGGGCUACAGAGACACAUCAGUUUUAUGUAAAGCAGCAGUACAUGCUGGAAUCAUUCUGGACCAGUUUGGGGGACCGGUCACCGUAGAGAAGCAGCGUGGGCUCCGGUACUACGAGCCCGUCCAAGCUAACGGCAUUCAGUCCAAAUCUGGCUCUUUGUCCGAAUCCCUCUUCAAAUUUGUCACGAGUGACUGCAGCAGGCAGACCUUUCUUCAGCCCGUAUCUGUGAGCUCCUCGUGGGAGAGGAACGCCUCGGGCGGGUCUCGGGACGACGCCUCCGUCAGCCUCGUCCACUCCGUGUCCCCGACGGGAACCUGGGCCACCGAGCUGAAGCCCUGGCUUCAACUAGACCUGGGAGAGAAGAAAAGAAUCACAGGGAUUUUAACGAAGGGUUCGGCUUCCCGCGAGUCUUUUGUGAAAAGCUACAAAAUCUCGUACAAGGAGAAGAGUCGCUGGCGGACCUACACCCAGUACAACAGCACUGAAGAUACGAUCUUUGCAGGAAACGUGGACAGUCUGUAUCAGACCCGGAACACAUUCCGCCCGGCCAUUACCGCACGCUACAUCCGUGUCCUCCCACAGCAGUGGCAUCGGGGCAUCGGCCUGACCGCCGAGCUCCUGGGCUGCCCUUACGUCAGAUCGUCUGCAGUAAACGCGACGUCUCAGGUGACGCAGGAAGCCCCGCCCAGCCAACCCAAAGAAGAGGAAGAGGAAAUCACCGAGCAUGUGCCCUCCCAGGCUGAUCUGGUGAAGCUGGUGGCCAUCGUGGUGUCGGCCGUGUUGUGUGUGGCUCUGUUGUUGCUGCUCGGGAUCUGCGUCUUCAAAGCUCUCCAGAAGAAGAAAAGUAAAGAGGACAUGUACGACCCCGCAGAUCCUACAGGAUCAGGAUGCUGGAAGCAGGUGAAACAUCCGUCUGCGAGGCAGCAGUCCACCGAGUUCACCUUCAGCUACAGCUCAGAGAAAGACCCCCUGCCCAAAAUCGACCUGGUCACCAGCACCAUAGCAGAUUACCAGCAGCCGCUGAUGCUGGGCGUGGGCACCGUCUCCCGAAAGGGCUCCACGUUCCGGCCCAUAGACACGGACGCCGAAGACGACCCGUGUGACCCGACAGCUCAUUACGACUACCUGCACACGGCCAACCAGUACGCCCUGCCUCUGACCAAUCAGGAGCCGGAGUACGCCACGCCCAUCGUCGAGCGCCACGUCUUCCGCAAGGACGGCUUCCUCCCGGAUCCCAGCUACAGCGUUCCCGGGGCCGUCCUCGGCAAGAGCUCCUCCUUCAAGGGCCUGGACGGCUGUACGUACCCCAGGGUGGUCCCGGGGGCCUACAGCACGCCCCAGACCGGCCGGAACGGACCGAGGGUCUCGGAGGGGCGCAGACCCGACAGGCCGGACCAUUCCGAAGGGGUUUACGACAGCCCUAAGAACAGAACGCCGGCGCCGCUGCAGAACGGGAGCCGUUCCGAGUAUCAGCGGCCCAAGGUGAAGGUAAAGGGCCCCGAGGGCCACGGCCUGAGUGGAACUGGAAACAUACCGCGAUGUGAAGCGGUCAUGUGACCUCACCUGAUCAAGAACACCUCCGGGAUCUCCCGCUAACUUAUUCUCACACCCGAGAGGGGCGUGUCCUCGUUUUAUUUUGUAUAUGUGAUGAUGUGAUGAGAGGUGCUCGUCUCGGUUCCCUGGAUGCAGUGUUAUUUCUUCUGCUGUGCAAAUUGAAUCUAUUUUGUCUUAUCGAGAGUUGUAUUUUUAUUUUAGAUCGUUUUUAAAAGGGCAGGGUUUGUUUUAGCCUCAUUUCGGGACACUUGGGCUCACCAGGCUGCCUGAGCUGUGUGAAAUUAUGUCUAGGGUAUAAAAGUAAGAGAGAGGAUCUAUAUUUAUAA